AUGAAUUCUUUACAAUAACUUUACUUUCAAGCUAUAAUUAAGCAAUAGGAAUUACAAAAAAUCAAAUAAGAAGAAUAGGUAUUAAGAUAAAAUCAAGAAGUAAUUUAAUUUAAAAUUAUGUUAAGAUUAUAAAAUAACAGCAACUUCUCACUAUAUUGUAACAACCUGAUUCAAAAACAGAUUAAAAGUAUGAUUAUAUGUCUAAAGUAGAUAAACUUGGUCAUUGAUUGAUAUUUAAAAUAGAAUAACUUAAUAUUUCUAAUAAUAAGUAUUGAGAAGAGAAACAGUUAUUAUACGAGAUUAAAUUGAAAUUCAUUUACCUUAAUUUAUGAAUGUAUUAGGUAAUUUGAUAAUUCAUGGAUUGGAUUAAAUAAAGGAAGAAGGAAGUUAUAUUGGAAUUCUAAAAUCCUAAUUCUUAAAUUAGCCAAUGAAUAUAACAAUGAGUAAUUCUUUGUUUAAGACUCUUGCACUAUUACUGAGAUCUUCUUUAGUUGAGUUUGAGAAAAGUAUAUAUAUCAUUUAAUAUUUAGAUUAACUUUAAAAUAAGAAAUAUGUUAAUAUGAAAUAUUUCUCCUAAUUUUUGUUGUUUAGGGAUGAUUUUUCUGAUAUAUUUUUUAAUACUCUUUAUUAAUACUAAAUAUCUACAAAUAAAUAAGUGAGUUAAUAACUAAGUUUUUAUUAACUACAUUAAUUAAUAAUUAAAAAUACAGAAGAUGUUUGGAGUACAUUCAUUUUUAAAUUUUUAAGUUAAUAAUAAAAAGAAUUAACAAAAGAUUAAUUUUUGCUUUAAUUUAAUCAUUAUAUUGUUUUGAUGAACAAUUUUUUUAUGAAGUCUAAUCUUAUCUUUGAUAUAGUUGAGAAUAUAGUAAAAUAAACAGCCUAGUUACAUAAUGAUUCAAUAUUUUAAGAAGUAUAGAUAUAAUUUUUAUAUUUUAGUAUCUAUUAAUAAUGGGUGAUUUCAAGGCAGCAACCUAAGAUUUUUUGAAAAAAGUAUCAACAAUAUAUUUUGAUGAUACUAAUAUUGUUAUAGAUUUGACAGAAUUUACAAUAAGAACAAAAAAAAUACAUAAUUAAAUGAAUAGUUCAAUUUUAUACAUAUUACCUACCCUACUUUAAUUAGAGAGUCAUAUGAUUGAUAUAACCUAAUUGAAUGAUAAAUAAGAACCUGUUCCUGUUAAAAAUACAUCUAAUUAUUAUUUGAAGAUGAUAGAAAAAUUGAAAAAUAAAUGUGUAUACAAUGGAGAAGAAAUUUGCAAUUGCAAAAAAUGUUAAUGUAUCAGAAGAAAUCGAAAUUCUGCUAAUGAAUCUCAAAGAAAGAAGAGAGAUGCUUUGGAAAAGAUAGGUCCAUUGCAAGAUGCUUUUGAGGAAUUACAAAAAAAGGUUAAAAGAGUAGAAAAUGAGAAUGAAAAUCUUAGACAUUUGCUUACAAAUGUUUUUUAACAUCCUUAAGUAGCAAAACUAGCUUCAACUUUUAUAGAACCUCUCACAAAAAUAAUAUCAGAUACAGAUUCUGGAUUAGUUUCAUAUGAAUGUUGA